AUGACUUCUUCUUUGCCUCCCCCUCUCUCCUCUCCCUCCCCCCCCCCUCUCUCCCUCUCUCCUCUCCCUCCCCCCCUCUCCCUCUCUCCUCUCCCUCCUCCCCCUCUCCCUCCUCCCCCUCCUCCCCCUCUCUCUCCUCCCCCUCCUCCCCCUCCCCCCCCUCUCCCUCUCUCCUCUCCCUCCUCCCCCUCUCUCUCCUCCCCCUCCUCCCCCUCUCUCUCCUCCCCCUCCUCUCCCUCCUCCCCCUCUCCCUCCUCCCCCUCCUCCCCCUCCUCCCCCCCUCUCCUCCCCCUCCUCCCCCUCCUCCCCCCCCCUCCUCCCCCUCCUCCCCCCCUCUCUCCUCUCCCUCCUCUCCCUCCCCCCCCCUCUCCUCCCCCUCCUCCCCCUCUCCCUCCUCCCCCCCUCUCCUCCCCCUCUCUCCUCCCCCUCCUCCCCCCCUCUCUCCUCUCCCUCCUCUCCCUCCCCCCCCUCUCCUCCCCCUCCUCCCCCUCCUCCCCCUCCUCCCCCCCUCUCUCCUCUCCCUCCUCUCCCUCCCCCCCCCUCUCCUCCCCCUCCUCCCCCUCUCCCUCCUCCCCCCCUCUCCCUCCUCCCCCUCCUCCCCCUCCUCCCCCUCCUCCCCCCCCCCCUCCUCCCCCUCCUCCCCCCCUCUCUCCUCCCCCCCCCCUCUCCCUCCCCCCCCUCUCCUCCCCCUCCUCCCCCUCCUCCCCCCCCCCCUCCCCCCCUCCUCCCCCCCCCCUCCCCCUCCUCCCCCCCCUCUCCCCCCCCCCCUCCCCCUCCUCCCCCUCCUCCCCCCCCUCUCCUCCCCCUCCUCCCCCCCCCCCUCCUCCACCUCUCCCUCCUCCCCCUCCUCCCCCUCCUCCCCCCCCUCCUCCCCCUCCCCCCCCCCUCUCCUCCCCCCCCUCUCUCCUCCCCCCCCUCUCCCUCCCCCCCCUCUCCUCUCCCCCCCCCCCCCUCUCCUCCCCCCCUCUCCUCCCCCCCUCUCCUCCCCCCCUCUCCUCCCCCUCCCCCCCCCUCUCCUCUCCCUCCCCCCCCCCUCUCCUCCCCCCCUCUCCUCCCCCCCUCUCCUCCCCCUCUCCCUCCUCCCCCUCCUCCCCCUCCUCCCCCUCUCCUCCCCCCCUCUCCUCCCCCCCUCUCCUCCCCCCCCUCUCCUCCCCCUCCUCCCCCUCUCCCUCCCCUCUCCCUCCUCCCCCUCCUCCCCCUCCUCCCCCUCUCCUCCCCCCCCUCUCCUCCCCCCCCCCUCUCCUCCCCCUCCUCCCCCUCCUCCCCCCCCCUCCUCCCCCCUCUCCCUCCUCCCCCUCUCCUCCCCCCCCCUCUCCUCCCCCUCCUCCCCCCUCUCCCUCCUCCCCCUCUCCCUCCCCCCCCUCUCCUCCCCCUCCUCCCCCCCUCCCCAGUGUCUCCACAGCUCUUGGAUACAGAGCAGGCAGAUACACUGGAGACGUCCUGGAGUCGUUUCCUCUGAACAUCGACAACGGAAACACCAUCACACGUGACAUCACAGACACACGUGACAUCACAGACACACGUGACAUCAAUGACAACAGGCCUGAGGUGCAUUGUGGGAGUCAGGACGACUCAAACCGACACUUCCUGAUUCAGCAGGAGGCCGCCGCCAACACACACCAGCAGAGGGCGCUGUCAGACACACACCAGCAGAGGGCGCUGUCAGACACACACCAGCAGGGGGCGCUGUCAGACACACACCAGCAGAGGGCGCUGUCAGACACACACCAGCAGAGGGCGCUGUCAGACACACACCAGCAGAGGGCGCUGUCAGACACACACCAGCAGAACACACACCAGCAGAACACACACCAGCAGAACACACACCAGCAGAAUACACACCAGCAGAACACACACCAGCAGGGGGCGCUGUCAGACACACACCAGCAGAACACACACCAGCAGAACACACACCAGCAGGGGGCGCUGUCAGACACACACCAGCAGAACACACACCAGCAGAACACACACCAGCAGAACACACACCAGCAGGGGGCGCUGUCAGACACACACCAGCAGAACACACACCAGCAGAGGGCACUGUCAGACACACACCAGCAGAGGGCGCUGUCAGACACACACCAGCAGAGGGAGCUGUCAGACACACACCAGCAGGGGGCGCUGUCAGACACACACCAGCAGAGGGCGCUGUCAGACACACACCAGCAGAGGGCGCUGUCAGACACACACCAGCAGAGGGCGCUGUCAGACACACACCAGCAGAGGGCGCUGUCAGACACACACCAGCAGGGGGCGCUGUCAGACACACACCAGCAGAGGGCACUGUCAGACACACACCAGCAGAGGGCACUGUCAGACACACACCAGCAGAGGGCGCUGUCAGACACACACCAGCAGAGGGCCCUGUCAGACACACACCAGCAGAGGGCGCUGUCAGACACACACCAGCAGAGGGCGCUGUCAGACACACACCAGCAGAGGGCGCUGUCAGACACACACCAGCAGAGGGCGCUGUCAGACACACACCAGCAGAGGGCGCUGUCAGACACACACCAGCAGAGGGCGCUGUCAGACACACACCAGCAGAGGGCCCUGUCAGACACACACCAGCAGAGGGCGCUGUCAGACACACACCAGCAGAGGGCGCUGUCAGACCAGUCCCAAUCAGGACAGAGAAACCUGACCAGCCAAUCAGGACAGAGGAACCUGACCAGCCAAUCAGGACAGAGGAACCUGACCAGCCAAUCAGGACAGAGGAACCUGACCAGCCAAUCAGGACAGAGAAACCUGACCAGCCAAUCAGGACAGAGGAACCUGACCAGCCAAUCAGGACCGAGGAACCUGACCAGCCAAUCAGGACCGAGGAACCUGACCAGCCAAUCAGGACAGAGGAACCUGACCAGCCAAUCAGGACCGAGGAACCUGACCAGCCAAUCAGGACCGAGGAACCUGACCAGCCAAUCAGGACCGAGGAACCUGACCAGCCAAUCAGGACCGAGGAACCUGACUAGCCAAUCAGGAUGGGCGGCGGCCAUUUUGUUUGGGAUUGAACCAAAGUAA